AUGUCGGCUCUGCCAUUUUAUACCCUGGCUCAGUAUCAAGUGGAUGGAUUCCAGCCUGUGAAUGUGCCUGCUCCGGUUCCGUCUUCCCUCCCAAUUGCGCCGGUUACUUACAACGGCAACGUCGAGCAACCCCCUUCCGCGGAGCACGGUCAUUCGGUCAACCGCACGUCGGGAAACCCUUCUCCUCCUAGACGGCGCCGAAAGAACUCAUCCAGCGCCAGUCCCAAAACAGAAACUGAAAAGCAAAAGACGUCACGCUCCAAGUUCCUAGAGCGUAAUCGUCUGGCUGCCAGCAAAUGCCGUCAAAAAAAGAAGGACCACUCCAAUCAAUUACUCGCGAUAGAUCAGGUGCUUUCGCAGAGAAAUAAGGAGUUGAAUCAGGAGGUAACGGAACUGAACCACAUGCGGCUCAGUCUCAAGAAUGCUAUGUUUCAGCACUUGGACUGUAAGAAUCCGGCCAUCGACGCUUACCUACAGCAGAUGGUCAAUGGCGUUGCAAACCAGCAGCCCAGCAUUACCGAGUCUUCGCCCGGCACGACCGCGUCGGAAUACAUCCCCGUUUCCACGCCGGACACGGCUGCUUUUGGUUUCGACGGCCCUAUGCGAUUUUCUCCAAGCCCGGCAGCGAACUGGGACGAACUGGAGAGACGAGGCUCGCUCAAUUCCAUAAAUACCGAGUUCACUUGUCCUCUGAUGAAUGGCGAGCCCACCGAGAACGUGGAAGCAGACGUUGACUUUGAUAAUCUCUUGGACGUGAACAAAUGUGCCUAG